CAUGCUUUGGGUUUAUUAUGGCUAGCAUGUUAGUUUUAGGUCAGAUUUAUGGCAGAGAAUGUCAUGCUUAUAAUGUUAUAUGACUACUUCGUUUCUACACCAGGCCCAAAUGUGCUAUAAUAUGUUCAGUCUAUUUAUUCCCAUUUAUAGGACUUGGUUCAUAAUUUUACUAUUUCAAAUGAUAUUAUAUUUUGCGUUUGUGCCUUGUUACUGGCUAUAGUUAUAAUUAAUUGGAUCCUAAGUUUUGGGCUAAGAGCACAGCCCUUUUUAUGAAAUAAUUCCCACAGGGAAAUAGGAAUCAUUUUAUAAUGAUUUGCUUUUAUAACAGUGUUUUUUUAGGGACAUAUUGUGGCAUACAGUAGCCAUUCCUUUUAAAAGGCUCUAGUUCAUCUCUUAUAUGUCCUCCCCAUAUGGCUCGUGUUAGGCCUUGAGGCCUGAGCUCGGGCAUAUGCUAAGAACAAUGAUCAACUGUUGUAUCCUUUCUGUUGGCUCUGCCUUCCACAAAAGAAGAAAACAGUAGAGCACAAUGUUCUUUUCAUCAGUCAUUAGAGCAUUGUCUUUAAAUUCUAUCUCAUAAGAAAGCCAAAUUUGAAAAGUAGACUAGCAAGAGUUCUUCUAGUUGACGAAAGAGAAGAGUCCCUGACCCCUACUCACGGUCUUCCAGCUUUCCUGCAUGCCAGUCACCACAGCCCUUAUUACCAGAUCGGACUCAGCAUCUGGAGGCAGCCAGUCUGAGUCUAAUUCCAGGACCAUCAGCUGCUUGCUGGAAAAAAUUGACCAGGGCACAUAACUCUUUGAGACUGUCUUCUGCAAAACCACGAAGGGUUUUAGUGAUUACACUUCUCUGUCGGUUAUGAAUGCUGUUAAAGCCUAAAUAAUAGUGAUUGAGAUAAAAGAAACUUUUUUCUUGAUUCAAAACAACUGCAAGGGGCUAGAGAAGGCUUGGUUAUGAGCACUGGCUGUUCUCCCAGAGGACUUGGGUUUGAGUCUCAGGAUGUUCUAACCUCAUGGCAGCUCACAACCAUCUGUAACUCUAGUUCCAUGGAAAAUGGUACCCUCCUCCAGGCAAAACACCCACCCAUAUGAAAAUAAAAGUUAUUUGUUUUUGAAAGUUCAGAGUUGGGGGUAUAGCUCAGUGGCACACCACUCACAUAUACAACACCCUGAGUUCAAUCCCCAACAACCCAGAAAAAAUGAAAUAAAUACUUUUAAAAGCUUAAGUGUUUACAGUUGUUGAAGUAUUUUUCUUUUUCCAAAGGUUUGCUACUUGGGUAAAUGUCAGCCCUUUUUAUCUGCUUUGGUUAUAUGCUUCUCCAGUGAGGGUUCCACUGAUAGGAUAACAAACAAAAGCAAGUUGUAAAGGAGAGGGUUUAUUUACCUCACAGCUUCUAGUCCAUCAUGAUGGAAGUCAGAAUAGGAACUCAAGCAGGACAGGAACCUGGAGGCAGUCACCCAAGCAGAGGCCAUGGAGGAGCACUGCUUACUGGCUUGCUGCUCAUGGCUUGUUCAGCUUGCUUUUUUAUACAAUUCACAACCAUCUGCCCAGAGCUGACACCACCCACAGUGGACUGGACCCUUCCACGUUAAACAUGAAUAAAGAAAAUGCACUAGACUCACCUAAAAGCAAUCUGAGGGAGGCAAUCUCUAAAGUGAGGUUCAUCUUCCCAGGUAACUCUAAUCUGUGUCAAGUUUUUUGCUUGUUUGUUCGUUUUUUUGUUGUUGUCUUUAUUUUUAAGUACAAAACAAACCAUGAGGCAAUACAACAUACACUAGCUUAAAUGUGCUAUAACAUAUUGAAUAUAUUUCUUCUUUCUGCCAUUCCAUAUUGGCCACUUUCCGUGUUUACCAUUUAGUAAUUUUAUUCACUCAUAUGUACUGUUUCAAAGUUGUUACAAGAUAGCAAUUCCAGAAAGGAUGCCCAAGAGUUCCCACCUCCAGAAAUUUAACUAGGAACUUCUGAAAUUUUUUUUUCCUUUUUUUUUUCCGGAGCUGGGGACCGAACCCAGGGCCUUACACUUGCUAGGCAAGCGCUCUACCACUGAGCUAAAUCCCCAACCUGGAACUUCUGAAAUGUUAAAGGAAAUUGUCUUCCUACACCAUUUGUUUUGUAUCAUAUUAGCUGACCAUGGCCAACUUUAGCCAAAAUGUUGUUAAAGAAAUCAUUUUGGACCAGUCAGCAGUUUUUUUCUUCUUCUUCUUCUAAGGAUGAGGUAGGAACUCAUGCUUUUAAGAGUAUGGGAUCUCUAGCUACCCCCACCCCAAACGUAUCAGAAUAGUGUUAUUGGAAGUCUGGAAACAUCGGGUGAGUUUGGCUGGCUCUGUGACUGUUCACAUCCCUGCUGAGGGAUGACUGUUACAUGCCUCAGGUAUGAGUGUUUGUGAAGGAAUUGGAGCCUUUAUCCUGAAAGCUUGUUAGGAGGGAGUAAGGAGUGAAUAAAGGAGAAAGUUCUAAUAGAGAAUAAGAAUGGACUUCAUGGGGCUGAAGACAUGGCUCAGUGGUUAAGAGAAGUGCAUAUUGUUCUCCCAGAGAAUGAGAGUUCAAUCCCCAUCACUCUCAACAGGUGGCUCACAACCACCUUAACUCCAGCCCCAGGGGCAAUGACAACUCUAGCCUCUGAGAGCACCUGCACUUAUGUGCACAUCCUCCCCAUAAAGGCACACAUGCGUGCAACUGAGAAUGAUAAAAUAAUGUUCAAAAAGAACGGCAUCGGUGACAAUUAAAAUCUGAACUCCCAAUGUCUCCUUUGGGAGGUUUCGCAGAUGCUCGUGAUUUUAGACAGAAGUUCACACCUAUCAAAAAUGAAAUUAUGGUGAGUUCCCAGAACUUAUAUUUGGAGGCAUUUUCUAAGUGACUCUCCUUUCCAUCAAAAUGGAAAACCAUAGCUUCUCGUGACUGGUGAUAAUUCAGUGAGGUAGAGCUGGUAUUCUGGGGUGAUGUGCAGCUUCAGUGGAUACUUUAUUCCUUGAGAGGAGGGAUGCUAAUAAAAGAAGAUGGCCGAGUAGUAACUGUACUUUCAGUUUAGCACAGGCUCUCAUACAAUGUAAGCAGUCAGUACUGUUGGCAACUUUUAUUAUUAUUGACGAUUUUCUCCAGCACCAGGAGGCCCCGACCUUAAUGGAUGCUUCAGCUAUGGUUCAGUUGUUUGGUCACAAUCUGUGAAAUGAAGUCACUGUCACCCACGUCUGCUUGCAGAAGACACUACUGAAGUCUCCCAGCUCAGUCUGCCAGGAACAGUAUGCUUUUUCCAAUGCAUUCUGGAGGUCAAGGAAAAUUUCAUGCCUCAAGAUUGUUUCAAAGGCAUUUGCAAGAUUGAUACAGUAUCUAUAAAGGAUAUAGAGUUCCUUGGAAGAAAACAGCAAAUUCAAGAAGCAGUGGUUUGUGGUUCUCCUUAUCCCGGCAUGUUGGGAAGGACACAUGAUAAAUGACUCCACCGUUAACAGAAUGCUUAAAAUUCCUGUGUCAGAUAACAGCAUAGCAUGUGUGAAGUUAAGUACUGGAAGUGAUUGAGCAGAUGUUUUCCUGGGAUAAUUUAAAACAAAUUAAUCAAAUUAUUGAUGAUAAUAAUUAAUUAAUCAAUUAUUGAUUACCAGGCUGCUUCUGGACAUCAAAUGCAUAGAUAGAUAGAUAGAUAGAUAGAUAGAUAGAUAGAUAGAUAGAUAGAUAGAUAGAGCAUUAUAUGUAUAUAUUUAGACAUAAUCUAAGCUGUGAGUGUACGUGUCUGUGUGUGUGCACACAUGCACACACAUGUGUGUGCAUACAUAAACAUUGUGAGAACCAACAUCCAAUGUGGUUAUGGGCUUUAAAAUUAAGUUUUCUACGAGCAAAGCAUACUGCUAGGUUUCCACACAGGCUUUUGGUGAGAGGAGCAUAUGAGAGCUUAUCAAACUUACACUAUUAAAAAAAAUACCUUAGCAAUACUCAGAGUUUCUGGUUGGGCAGGGAGAAAGUGCAUGAAAGUUUUUCUUUUUAAUUUUGGACAUGGCCUCAUUAAUCUUUGGUUCUGUAUCCUAUCUGUAAGACUGGGACUAUAAAACCAACUUCAAAGAAUUAUUAUGGAGGUCGAAUGAAAUAAAGUUCCUAAAGUUCCCAAAGUCUGACAUACGACAUGCCAUCAAUAACUCACUUACUUUUAGUUUUGCUUUUGUUUCCUUCUGUACUCAGAUAUGAUGGGUUCACAGCAGUUAUUUGCAUCCAAUCUUACCAUUGCAUAGUGUUUAAAAUAUCUUCUAUCUGAGAAAGAAUCUGGAAAUUGACCUGGUUCCAGCCUGACUAGACAUAAGACCUUGAGUCCUAAUUUUCUUUCUAUUCCUGUGACAAGCACCAUGACCCAAAACAAUGUAGAGAGGUCAGGGCAGGGACUCAAGGUAGGAUCCUAAAGGUAGAAACUGAAGCAGAGACCAUGGAGGAAUGCUGUUUAUUUGGCUUCCUCUCUAUGUCUUGCUUAGCCUGCCUUGUACAACCCUGGACUACUUACCCAGCCCCUGGAUGGCAAUAUCCAUGGUGAGCAAGGCUUUCCCACACCAAUCAUUAAUCAGGAAAAUGUCUCAGAGACUUGCCUACAGACCAGUCUGUUGGAGGUAUUUUCUUGACUGGGGUUCCCUCUUCCUUAAUGACCCUAGCUGUGUCAAGUUGACAAAAAUGUAACCAACAAAAACUGGGCUCUUUGGAAGAGUUCUCUAGGCUGUCCAUAUGCAGAGACCACUGAAACACUGAAAGCAAGGAUUUAGAAAAGCAUUCUGGAACUCUUUUGUAGAAGCCGGCUUCCAAUCAAUUACAGAGCUCCUCCACACUCCUCUAGCAUACCCUUCUGACUUGCUUCUGAAGGUCAACUGGGUAUAGGUAGGCAGAUGGGGCAGAAACACCAUCCAGCCAUAUGAGUAGGACUAUAGCUCUAACACUUUAAUUAAGCUUCAUGUUCAAAUGUUUGUUGAGCUAAAGACUAUGUAGAUAAAGCACGCUACUGUUCUUAGGUUAUGAAAUAUGACAGAGAGAAACAAGCAAAUACUUAUUGUGCCCCUGUCUUAGAGGAUCCAUUCAAGCUCACAUUAUCACAGACAAGAAAACAUGAAGGAGACAGAGUAUAAUAUAACCUCCAAGGAACCAACCCUAGAUCUACUAUGUCUAUCUAACCUGCAUCUUACCACCUGCCCUAUGCUCACUCAGAGUGGAGUCUUUGUUCAUCUCUAAAACCUCAUGAAUGGGGUCUGAACAUCUAUGUUUCUCUCAGCAUUCUUUUAUCUUUCAAGCUCCCACUAAACAAGCCCAUUAGGCUUGUUGUCAGCACUCAAUAGCUUUCCCAGUCCAAACUUCCUAAGUUUCCACAAAAUAGUCCAACAGCAUAAAAGCUACACUGUCAAGUUUGUCAUAGCAACAAUCCCACUUCCUCCAUACCAGUGUUCUAGUUUCAUGUGUGUUGCUGUGGUAAACUAUUCCGUCAACCAGCAAUUUAGAGCGUACAGUUUCAGAUUACAGUCCACAGCUGUGAGGAAGUCAAGACAGCAACUUGGAACAACUAGUUAUAUCACAGCCAUCCAUAGUCAGGACAAGAGAGAAAUUGAUGUGUGAAUGCUCAUAUUCUUGCUUGUGUUCACCAUUCUUAAUCAACAGGAUAUGUAUUCCUGCCUAGGGAAUUGUGCUGCCUGCAGUGGGCUAGGUCUUUCCACAUCAAGUAAUUUAAGACAAUCUCCUACAAACUGCCCACAGACCAACAUAUUAUGGGCAAUUCCUCACCAAGGUUCUCUUUCCAGAUGAUUCUAAGUUGUGUUGUGUUGAUGAAAAUAACCACCACACCCUCCUACCAAGAGAUUAAUCUGUUGAUUAAGUCAGCCCCCAUGAGCUAAUUGUCUCUGAAUAUGCCUCCAUGGACUCACCACAAGAGCUAUGAUGCAUGCAGUAUUUCUUAAUGUAAUCAAGUUGACAAUCAAAAUUAACCAUCAUAGUUUAAUUACCUUUAACUUUCAAUCCACAAACUUUCUCCCAUCUUCCCUUGUCUGAAGAGAAAUUUGUGGCAAUUAUACUUUUAACAUUUUUGAAACUUCCAGAACUUCCUACAAAUACUUCCCUUUGCAUUUCUACCAGCAUUGCAUGAAGGUUCCAAUCUUCCUACAUCCUACCAAACUUUAUUAUUUUCUUGAUGCUGUUGCUGGAGACUAACUGUCCUAAUAGGUAUAUACUGUAUCCUUGUUUAUAAGUGAGGAAUCUGGGGUUUGAAAAUGUGAUGGGUUGUAGUAGAACACUGACCGAAACAUGAUGGUGGAAGAAAUUCCUACACUCCAAUGUCACAGUCUAUCACUUGAAGAGAGAACCAAGAGCUCAAGGCAAGAAGAUAGAAUCAAGAACUGAAGCACAGACCAUGGAUAGACUUUGUUAAAUGGCUUGAUUCCUGGCUCUUGUUCAGCUACUUUUUACAUAGAGCCCAGACCCACUUGCCUAGGGAUGGUACCACCCACAGUGGCCUGAGACCUUGAAGAAUUAGCAAUCCCAUAGACCAAUCGACAAAGAAAUAAUUCCUCUGUUGAGAGCCCUUCUUCAUAGGUGUAUUAAAUUGACAACUGAAUUUAACUUUAAUUUAGUUUAAUUGAACCAUGAUACUCUCCCCUUUGUCAACUUUGACACACAAACAUAACCUUUUCUUUCUUGAUUCCCUCCCCCUGCCAAGGAUCUUAUAUUUAUAUCAUAAUACAAAACACAAUGUAACUUUAAAGCCUCAAAUUCUUUACUAAUUCCAAUGGCUUAACAUUUCAAACUCUCUUUAGGAUAUUAAGUCUUUUAACCAUGGGCUCCUGUAAAAUCAUUUUUAAAAGUCGAAUACUGUAUUAUUCCUAGAGGGGAAAAAACCAGAGCAUAAAAACAAUGACACUUAAGCAAAAUCAAAGUUUAACAUUGUAACUAAAAUCCUGUAGCUGAACGUCUGAGUUCUGUAACUCACUUAAAAUCUUCUGGGUCUUAAAGUCCUUGGGUAGCUCUACUUCUCCAGCUCUGCUCUCUACAGCAUACAAGCCUGUCUCAAAGACUCAGGCUGCCUCCAUUUCAUAGAUGCCUUUGUCUUUGGCAGUCAUCCCACAGUUCUAGCAUCUCCUAUGAGAGUUCACUUCAAUGAUACUUUUCUCCUGUUAUUCAACACUAAUUUUUCUUUUACCCACCUAACCAGCAUUGGUUGUCUCAGUAAAGCAAACACUGGAGUAGUGCUGUCCUGUUACUCAGAGCAGACUGUUUGACCCAAGCUGAAUAGAAACUACAGAUUCUUAAUUCAAAAUAUCAAGAGUCAUGAUGAAAUCUUUAAGGAACUCUCAAACUUCAGUCUGGAACUUUACGCCCAUCGUCUACGUUACCAUUUUCUGCAUUUCAUUAGGCUCUGAGCAUUCAAUGGCUUUUUCAGCUCAAAGUUUCACAGUCUUCCAAAGUCCCUCCCAAAACAAGAUGAUCAGGCCUAUUACAGCAAUGCCUCACUUCUGGAACCAACUUCAGUUUUAGUUUGUUUCUAUAUUGCUGUGGUUGGACACCAACUAGAAAACAACUUGUAAAAGUAAAGGGUUUAUUGUAGCUUACACUUCCAGGUCAUAGGCCAUCAUUGAAAGAAAGCAGAGCAGAAGCUCGAGGCAGGAAGUAAGGCAGAGAUCAUGGAGGAAUUUGAUUACUGGCUUUCCCUCCUUUAUCAAUCAGCUCCCCCCACGGACAUUUCACAUAGGCCAGUCCUACAAAGACGAAAGCCUUAGUUGUCACUCUUCCUAUCAGGUAGCUAUGACCAUGGGUAAAAACUCGACAUCAAUUUGUUUAUGAGUUUCUUCUUGCAUCACCACAGUUCCAGGGACACGGGGACACUGGAAGAAUCACGUUGCAGGAAACCUGUUUAAGAAAGGAACGCCUUCACGCCCAUUCUCAUUUCUAAGAGUCAGCCAAGGAUAGGAAAGCCAUUCUCGCCAAAUCAUUGCCUGGUCAAGAGCACAGCUCAGAACUUUACAUUCUAUAAUUAUGAGUAGAAUCUCUAGAUUCCAGUUUCUCUGCCAUCUCUUGGCCAUUCGCGUGGUUUGUAGAGCUUUUCUUUCUUGUAUCCAUAUGUAGGUCCUCCCUGGGGCCAUUGUGUGUGCUCACUUGUGCAUCCAGUUAGAUUGCUUUGAUGGCAAAGCUAACAAAACACUCUUAUUUGAAACGUGGCAGUGAAAGAGAGGCAUGGACAGAAAUAGAAGCAAUAAAAGCAAAGAGAACAAAAAGGGGAGGGGGCUGGCAGGCUAAUACAACUGGGAUGGCACAUAUUUCAGACCAAAGAAUAUGCUAUAUCUGUCCAUGGCAAAUAGGAAAACAGCAAUCUCCAAAUAGGAGGCCAGACUUAGCACCCACCAUGGGCCAUUACUGAAGUAUCAGAAGGGUUUUAUGUGCCAUUAUCUGACAGGUCACACAGCUAAGACUCAAAAGAGGCGAAUGCCCUGACUGACCCCACAACAAUGAAACGUGAUAGUUCGUGAUCUGGUGACAAUCCCCCUUGAGUUUUUGCAUGCUGCUCUAGCCAGUCACCCCGCUUCAGCCCCUUUCAUGGAAGAUCAUGACCACAGCCACGAAUAAGCAGAGCCAAUGCAGAUGUCUAUUGGCAGCAUGUAAGAUGGGUCAAAGAAAUGUGGCGUUAAAUCAGUUACUUCAAAGGCCACUUUACAAGUGCUUCAGAUGACUCACAGUGCAGUCUGGGGUCCUUGUUUCAUGUCUUUGGUGCUGUGUAAGUUAGGACCAGUGUUUUGACUUCCCUGAAUCUCAGUUUCCUAAUCUAUAAAGUAUGAAUUAACCUAACCUUACAUAGUUUAUAUUGUAAAUAACUAACAACGUAAGUAAGCAGGAAAUGCGCACGUACUGAGCAUUUGAUAUUUGGCAUUAAGAUAUUAUUUACUAUAAAUAAUUUUUUCUGUUCCAUACUAGAGAGAUAGCCAAAGAUUGAGCCCUGCUGGCGGCUUAGUAUUUGGAGGACAGCAGAUAAUUUUAAAGGUCUUGAAGGUGAAAGACAGUUCACUUCCUUAGGUCAUCCAGGAUGGAUUGCGUUUCAGUGAACUACCCAGUUCCCCAGUCUGAGGCUGGAGCCCUUCAGCAAGCCUCUGCAUUGUUCUGGUCAGCAGCCAAUGGUGGAAAUCAGAAGCUGGAUGAUGCUCUUUGGAGAAGCAGUGCGUGUGUGAACGAAGCCAUUGUGUUUGAUUCAAGUUAGGAGCUCCUUAAAUGUAAUCAAACAUUUAGGAUAUGUCUUGAGUGCUGGGUUUUGGAGAGCAAAGGACAAAUAAUUUGCAUCCUUGGUGGGGUCAGAGCUGCCAUGUCUUUGUGGUCUCAUCUGGGUUAUCUAAAAUGCUCCUCUUAUUAAACUGAGAUCCUGAUGUGGGACAAGACCACAGAAGCAAGAUGGCCUCAGUGCUGUAGAUCAAGAUGACACACGGUGUCAAAGUGUGUGAUGUCUGAAGUUGUUACCAGGCCUAAGAUGUACUUGAUGACAACUGACAAAGUCAUUGGUUUGAUGGGUUUCUCUUCCCUGGCAAAGUUGCUGUUUUCCUUUUUAUAAUUAACCUGCUUUAUGAGGGGAAGUGUUUUAAGGCUACCCAAUACCUUGCUUCUUACGUUUAUCUCCUUGUUUUAUUACAUGAAGGUUGCGUGUGGAGGGGGGGAGGAUUCUUCCUCACUUGUGAAAUUUACCUUUAAUUAGAGUUAGACUCUAAGGUGAUAUCAUAAAAUAGAUUUUAGUUAAUGAGAGUGUUCUACAGGUGGUGUCAGAAGUAGAGUGGGCAAAGGGAGAAGUGUCCCUUAGAAGACACAUCAGGAAAGCUUUCUCUAAAAGGGUGACAUUUGAGAUGAGACCUGAAUGACAAAAAAAAAAAAAAAAAAAGAAAAAAAAGCUGGAGCGAUAUCUGAGAGAAAAGUGUUCCCCAUGAAGCGCACUGCAAGAGCAGAAGCAGCGAAGCCUGAGUGAGCAAGGCAUAUUUGAGGCAAGGAAAUCAGUCAGGCAGAGCUGACAUGAAGUGAAUAAGGGCAAACUGGCAACAGAUAAGGAUGCAGAGCAUGGGGAGCCCCCAGCAGGUGAACUCCACAGGGAGGACAAGGAACCACAAAGUCUUUCCUGCAACUUCUUCCUCUAGCUGUGUCCUCUAUCUGUCCUGCCCAAUAGGCUAGUCACUAGCUGUGACUGCUACUUUACUAGGAAUUUGGAUUCAGAUCAAGUUGUGUUUUAAAAUUCACACCCUUAAGCUAUAAUCUCAAGCCACUGGUAGUCACUCUGGCUAAUGGCUACCCUGUGGACCAUCAGAGCUACAAACCUAUCCAUCACAGCAGGAAGUCCCUUAGUCAUAGCUGUCGGGCAUAUCAUCUGCAGGCCACACAAGCCCUUCCUUGUAUUAGUUUCUAUGUGAGAUAUACAAAGAAGUGAGUUAUGACCCUUAGUCCCAGUAACUUCAAGAUUAGUGAUUCAAUGUGUGAGUUAGUGCCAUUCUAGGCAGCAAGCGUUAAGAGUCAUGGCCGCUAUGAUAGAAGGGGGCUACCUAGAUGAGGCAAGGGAAUCAGAAACACUGGGGAAACAGGAGUCUCUUUUUCAAAUGGUGUGGUGGAAAAGGUGAGCUUUCACACACAGAAGAUAAAAGUGGGUCUCUGUCACGCACUCUGCCUGAAAAUCAAUUCCAAAAGCAGAAUGUAAGACUUGAAACUACUAGAGGGAAACAUGGGGAAAUACUUCAAGGCACGCGGUGUAGGCAGAUGGGUCUAAAAUGGACUUGGGAACCGAGAGUGGAUUAGAUGGAAUGACAUGAAAGUAGGAAACCAUGCACAGCAAAGGUCUUCAAUGUGAAACAUUAAAAUAUUGGGGAAAUCUUUGAGAACUAUGUAUCAGUGAGGGGUUCGUAUCUAGCAGAUAUAAGGAAUCCCCCAAACACUAAGUCAUCUAAUCAAUAAAUCAGGCUGUUGAACUAAACAGACAGUUCUCAAAAGAAGAAAUCCAAUACUCUAGAAAUACUGAUGAAAUGCAAAGUCAAACUGCUUUCAGAUUUAAUCUCAGUUAUAAGAGCGACUGACACUACCUAGAAAACAGAUAACAACAAGUUCUGGCAAAGAUUCAGAGAAAUCGGAACCCUUAUAUGGAAGUCAAUAUGGAGGGUCCUCACAGAUCUAAAACCACGAAACUAUAGGAACAACAAUGUUACCCUUGUGCACAUAUUCUGCACAUCCAUUUUUAUUGCUUUUUUUAUAGCCUAGAAAUAGAACCAGCCUAGAUAGCCAUCAACAGAUGACUGGAUAAAGAAAACAACCAAUGGGAUUCUAUUGCAGCCUUGAAGAGAAAUAAAAUACAACAUUUGCAGGAAUAUGAAUAGAACUAGAAAUCUUUAUAUUAAACAACACAAGCCAGACUCAGAAAGGCAAAAACUACAUAUUUUCUCUCACUGAAGAGUUUUCUUUUUAAGAUCUUUAUGUAUCUAUGUACAGGUCACAAAGCCAGAAAGGGGAUCAUGGAAGAGUAAGAAGAAAUCUCGUGGAAGAUGGGCCAUGGAGAGAAAACAGAGUGUACAUGCUUAGAGGGGGGGUAAGGGAGAGAUUCCCUGGGAGCUUGUACCAGAGAGAGCACGAGGAAACAGAAUGGAUGUCACAUACACAUGAAGAUGCUAUGGUGGGGCCCAUUUCUCUGGGUGCUAAACCAAAAGGUUAAUUUUUAAAAAUCAUAAAUUAAGAGAAAGAAAAUGAACCAUUGUCAGGCCCCGGGGGUGGGGGGGAAGUGCCUUAGGCAUCGGAUGACUCAUCUGACAAUUAUAUCAAAAAGGCUCUGUGGUCACGUGUGCUCAGCUGUGAGAGUAGGGUGGUGCAGUUUCUCUGAAUCAAGAGGAAAAAGUUGUGCCUGAUGAAAAGCUGAGUCUGAGCUGAGGCUUUGCAGGCAGCCAGCACACGAUGAAACUGGCAAACAGUCUAGAUUACCUGGAUCUGGCUGUGUGACGGGGAGCGUGAGAGAGAUACUAGCAGACACAGCGCGAAGGGCCUUGGAGCCAAGAUGAAAACUUUUAUCCUUAUCCGAGAGGUGGAUGUCGUGGGGGUUUACCAAAGGCAUCACGUUAUCAGAGCUGUGCUUUCAGGAAGGCUUGCUGGACAGUGCUGCAUGGGAGAGUCGGGCGCCCAGAGAACCCAUUCCGAGUGGCCCUGGAAUACAUCUCGAGUGGAAACCGGAGCUUGUCUGCGGUGGAUUUCUUUGCCCUGAAGAACUGCAGUGAAGGAACAUCCCCAGGCUCCAAGAUGGCCUUGCAGAGUUCCUUCACUUGUUGGAACGGGACAGUCCUCCAGCUCGGGCAAGCCUGUGACUUCCACCAGAACUGUGCCCAAGGAGAAGAUGAGGGUCAGCUAUGCAGUAAACUUCCUGCUGGGUUUUACUGUAACUUCGAGGAUGGCUUCUGUGGCUGGACCCAAAGUCCACUCUCACCCCGUGUGCCCCGAUGGCAAGUGAAGACCCUGAAAGAUACCCAUUCCCAGGGCCACCAAGGCCAUGCCCUGUUGCUCAGCACCACUGACGACCCCACUUCAGAAAGUGCAACAGUGACCAGUGCUACAUUCCCCGCACCAAUGAAGAGCUCUCCUUGUGAGCUCCGGAUGUCCUGGCUCAUCCGUGGGGUUCUGAAAGGAAAUGUAUCUUUGGUGCUGGUGGAGAACAAAACUGGAAAGGAGCAAAGCCGGACCGUCUGGCAUGUUGCCACCAAUGAAGGCCUAAGCCUGUGGCAGUGGACAGUGUUGUCGCUCCUCGAUGUGACUGACAGGUUCUGGCUGCAAAUAGUCACAUGGUGGGGCCCAGGAUCCAGGGCAACCGUGGCAUUUGACAACAUUUCCAUCAGCCUCGACUGCUACCUCACCAUCAGUGGGGAGGAGAAAAUGUCCCUGAAUGCAGUACCCAAAUCCAGAAAUCUGUUUGAGAAAAACCCAAACAAGGAGCCAAAACCCUGGGCAAACAUAUCAGGACCAACUCCCAUCUUCGACCCUACAGUUCACUGGCUGUUCACCACAUGUGGGGCCAGUGGCCCUCAUGGCCCCACACAGGCACAGUGCAACAACGCCUACCAGAACUCCAACCUGAGCGUGGUGGUGGGAAGUGAAGGGCCCUUGAGGGGCAUCCAGAUUUGGAAAGUGCCAGCUACUGACACCUACAGUAUCUCAGGCUAUGGAGCAGCUGGCGGAAAAGGUGGGAAGAACACCAUGAUGCGGUCCCAUGGCGUGUCUGUCCUGGGCAUCUUCAAUCUGGAGAAAGAUGACACGCUCUACAUCCUUGUCGGUCAACAAGGGGAAGAUGCCUGUCCCAGGGCAAACCAACUAAUCCAGAAAGUAUGUGUCGGCGAGAACAAUGUGAUAGAAGAAGAGAUCCGAGUGAACAGAAGCGUUCACGAGUGGGCAGGAGGAGGAGGAGGUGGGGGUGGAGCCACCUACGUGUUUAAGAUGAAAGACGGCGUGCCCGUGCCCCUGAUUAUUGCGGCCGGCGGUGGUGGCAGGGCCUAUGGGGCCAAGACAGAAACGUUCCACCCAGAGAGACUGGAGAAUAACUCCUCAGUUCUAGGGCUGAACGGCAAUUCCGGAGCCGCAGGUGGUGGAGGCGGCUGGAAUGAUAACACUUCCUUGCUCUGGGCCGGAAAGUCUUUGUUGGAGGGCGCCGCCGGAGGACAUUCCUGCCCCCAGGCCAUGAAGAAGUGGGGGUGGGAGACAAGAGGGGGUUUCGGAGGGGGUGGAGGGGGGUGCUCCUCAGGUGGAGGAGGCGGAGGAUAUAUAGGUGGCAACGCAGCAUCAAACAAUGACCCCGAAAUGGAUGGGGAAGAUGGGGUUUCCUUCAUCAGUCCAUUGGGUAUCCUGUAUACCCCGGCCUUAAAAGUGAUGGAGGGCCAUGGGGAAGUGAAUAUCAAGCACUAUCUAAACUGCAGCCACUGUGAGGUAGACGAAUGUCACAUGGACCCCGAGAGCCACAAAGUCAUCUGCUUCUGUGACCAUGGGACCGUGCUGGCUGACGAUGGUGUCUCCUGCAUUGUGUCGCCCACCCCGGAACCCCACCUGCCGCUCUCAUUGAUCCUCUCCGUCGUGACCUCUGCCCUGGUGGCCGCUCUCGUUCUGGCAUUCUCCGGCAUCAUGAUUGUGUACCGCCGGAAGCACCAGGAGUUGCAAGCUAUGCAGAUGGAGCUGCAGAGCCCUGAGUAUAAGCUGAGCAAGCUACGGACCUCGACCAUCAUGACAGACUACAACCCCAACUACUGCUUUGCUGGCAAGACUUCAUCCAUCAGUGACCUGAAGGAGGUGCCUCGGAAAAACAUCACCCUCAUCCGGGGCCUAGGCCAUGGCGCAUUUGGGGAGGUGUAUGAAGGCCAGGUAUCUGGAAUGCCCAAUGACCCAAGCCCUCUACAAGUGGCUGUAAAGACGCUGCCGGAAGUGUGUUCAGAGCAAGAUGAGCUGGACUUCCUCAUGGAAGCUCUGAUCAUCAGUAAAUUCAACCACCAGAACAUUGUCCGCUGCAUCGGGGUGAGUCUGCAAGCCCUGCCCCGCUUCAUCCUGCUGGAGCUCAUGGCUGGUGGAGACCUCAAGUCCUUCCUCAGGGAGACACGUCCUCGCCCGAACCAGCCCACCUCCCUGGCCAUGUUGGAUCUUCUGCACGUAGCUCGGGACAUUGCCUGUGGCUGUCAGUACCUGGAGGAAAAUCACUUUAUCCACCGCGAUAUUGCUGCUAGAAACUGUCUGCUGACCUGUCCGGGAGCUGGGAGGAUAGCGAAGAUCGGAGACUUCGGGAUGGCCCGAGAUAUCUACAGGGCCAGCUACUACAGAAAGGGAGGCUGUGCCAUGCUGCCAGUGAAGUGGAUGCCCCCGGAGGCCUUCAUGGAAGGAAUAUUUACUUCUAAAACAGAUACAUGGUCUUUUGGAGUGUUGCUGUGGGAAAUAUUUUCUCUUGGAUAUAUGCCAUACCCCAGCAAGAGCAACCAGGAAGUUCUGGAGUUUGUCACCAGUGGAGGACGGAUGGACCCACCUAAGAACUGCCCCGGACCUGUAUACCGGAUAAUGACUCAGUGCUGGCAGCAUCAGCCUGAGGACAGACCCAACUUUGCCAUCAUUCUGGAGAGGAUCGAAUACUGCACCCAGGACCCCGAUGUCAUCAAUACAGCUCUGCCCAUCGAAUAUGGCCCCGUAGUAGAGGAGGAGGAGAAAGUGCCCAUGCGCCCCAAAGACCCUGAGGGGAUGCCUCCUCUGCUGGUGUCUCCCCAGUCUGCGAAGCACGAGGAGGCGUCCUCAGCCCCCCAACCCUCAGCCCUGGCAGCGCCAGGCCCGCUGGUGAAGAAGCCCUCGGGUGCAGGCGCGGGAGCGGGUGCCGGUCCGGUGCCCCGAGGUGCAGCCGAUCGGGGCCACGUGAACAUGGCGUUCUCUCAGCCCAACCCUCCCCCAGAGCUGCACAAAGGCCCGGGCUCCAGAAACAAGCCGACCAGCCUGUGGAACCCCACCUACGGCUCGUGGUUCACCGAGAAGCCAGCCAAAAAGACCCAUCCCCCACCGGGCGCGGAGCCGCAGGCCCGGGCAGGAGCGGCGGAGGGUGGCUGGACCGGGCCGGGUGCGGGGCCCCGCAGAGCCGAGGCUGCGCUGCUGCUCGAGCCGUCGGCGCUCAGCGCCACCAUGAAGGAGGUGCCCCUGUUCAGGCUGCGCCACUUCCCCUGCGGCAACGUCAACUAUGGUUACCAGCAACAGGGUCUCCCCUUGGAAGCCACUGCUGCCCCGGGGGACACCGUGCUGAAAAGCAAGACUAAGGUCACCCAGCCAGGGCCCUGAGCCCGGCGUCCCACUAGCUUUUCUCCCUGGCUGGAGCUGAAGCCCACCGGGAGGGAGACGGACAGAAUGACUCCACCACAAUUCCGAGACCAAAUGUCACUCACUUUCAUUUUUGUGCCAACUUGUUUUGAAGUGCCACAUUUAAAAGAGAAAAAGAAGAAAAAAAAAAGAGGAAAACUUGUUUUCAAGAUGUGUUAGAAAGGUUUUUGAGCAUGGGUUCAUCCAUCCUCAAAGAAGAAAAUGCCGUUCUUAAGAAAGCGAUCAGUACAAGGCCCAGAUUGGUUGCGUAGUUUUGGUGCAUGAUCUGCUGUACAGUCCCCUCAGGCUUCUUUCCGAUUUGUGUGUGCUCUCUGCUUCCGUGUAGUCAGAAAUAGCUGCCUCCAUGUCUCAUAGGGGGAGUCGUAGGUGUUUCCUUGCCUUGUGGAUAUGAACCAUUCGAGGGGCGAGGGAACAGAAAUAAAGGAAUUAAUUUCAAUGACUCAGCAUGAGGAGAGACGUUAUUUACGUGGAAAAGAAAUAUCAUACACUGUCAUCGCUGUGGGUGGUGGUUAGAGGCUUUUAAUUGUUCUAACUCAUUGCCUAUUGUAAAAAAAAAAAAAAAAAGCCGUGACUAGUUCAUAGUAUAGUGAAAAAAGUGUAUAUAUUCAUCUAAGCGAAAUGCAGCCAUCGCAAAUGCUUUGCAUAUGAAACUCCAGUAGAGACGCAGCGAUUCAAACACCCUGUUAACAUACCUCAUGCCUUAAGAAAAAAAUUCUUCCUACUAAAAGUAAAAAUACCGCGUGUGAGGUUUCCUACUGGAUUUAAAACUCAAGACUGAAAUUACUUACUUCCACACUUUCCAUUCAUUCAGAUCUGAUCACUUUUUAAAACUCAAGUAGCAGCCGUCCAUUGAAAGCAUAGGAAGACACACAUUUGUGGACACGUAUAUCAAUACAUCUGAGGCUCGACCCUCCCCGAGGUCCUCCCCUCCUCCGUGAUGCACUGGGCCUUCCAGUGGUCUAGACCCUGGUUGGUCCUUCCCCAGUUCUCCCAAGCUCUCUCUUUCUCCCUUAGCCAUGAGAUCCUGGUUUGCUGGGAAUACAAAUAUGAUUUAAUACUCAUAGCAUAAUUCAUAUAGAUCUCCAAUACUGAUUAUGACAAAACAUUUGGAAUUAAAAAAUUGCUUGGAGAGUUGAGGAUAGUACUGUGUUUCAGUGGGUGUUCUGAACCUGGCUUUCACAGAUGAGAUUUAUUUCUAUGAAAUGCAAUUGGGAACCCAUUAAAUGUUAUACACAUGCUUAUGCAAUACCGAGUUUACCUAUGUUUUCAUGUUCCUUUUCUCUCCUUCUGUAUCCUCCUGCCCAUUUUGUUCCUGGUGGGAGCCAUGAUGAAGUAUUUCUUUGGGGUGAGACAUUUUUGUUACUUGCUAGGUACGAAGCAUUUCCAUCAGAGGGACUGCGCGUGCGUGUGUGUGUGUGUGUGUGUGUGUGUGUGUGUGUGUGUGUGCCUUUCUCCUCAUCUUCCCCAUUUUAUCCACUGCAAAAGUGUCGUUUUGAGUGUAGGAGAGCCAUUGUGUUCUAAUAUGCCAAUUCCAGACAACGGUUCAGUUUCCACAAGGCAGUUAUCUGGCCCUUGAAUUGAUUCUGAACAUCUAGAGAUUCUUUUAUACUCCAGGGACUUCUUUCCCAGAACUUCCCAAAACAUUUCCCAUGGGACGUCCCUGAAGCUGGAAGACAGGCGUGCAACUGUGAAUAACAGUUCUGAAAAAAAAAAAAAAAAACAAAAACAAAAAAACAUGUUAUCGGUAAAGUUUUGGUUUGUGCAAAAAAAAAAAAAAAAAAAAAAAUAGGCACACGACCAAAAAACCUUGUUCCAGCUCACAAACCACCCAAAGGGAUUCCAGAGUCUCGCUUUGAGAAACACUGCCCCGAAGGCUGACGCCAGAGGAGCUGUCUGUAACCGAGAAAACAGCUCAGCAACAUCGGUAGUCACUAACCGACUAGGCAGGGAGCAAGCUCUGUUGUUAAUGGGGGAAUUUUGCCCCUUUUCGCUCUAAAAAAAACUACAGAUUCAGGUUGUGCCUUACUACCACUGAUGGAUUUGUUGCUUUUCUCUGUCUUUAUUGGUAUCAAUCAAUGUUCAUGUAAAUGAUGGUCAAACCUUCAAGCCUGUGUACAUGGAUAAGUAAAUAAACAGCUCCAUACUGA